AUGGCCCUGGACAAUCUCAAGGCAGUGAGGGAAUUCCUGCUGCUGGUAUUCUCGGAGGUCCGGAAGAGGCGGGUGGCCCAGGCCGCACUGUUCCUCCUGGUCAUCAUGAGCCGAGGGGUCCUUUGGAAGACGGCGGCUGCCUCCUGGCUCAGCGGGGGACUCUCUGGCCUCAUGUACGCGGCUGCCACCUUCUUCAGUCCCUUCUGCGGGUCCAACGCGGUCCACCAGUUCUUCUGCGAUGUCUCCCAGCUCCUCACGCUCUCUGACCCCAGUGUGAUCAUCCGAGAAGUCGGGGUAACAAUCUCCGGUGUUAGCCUCGCCUUCCUCCGUUUGGCCUCCAUCGUCGUCUCUUACGUGCACAUCUUCAGGGCCGUGCUGAGGAUGCCGUUCUAUGCCGUGGUGCCUCCGGCUGUGAACCCCCUAAUCUACAGCCUGAGGAACAAGAACAUGAAGAACCUGUCCGUUCUCGAACUCUGCUACGUCUCCGUCCCCGUCCCCAAAUCCAUCCACAACUCCCUGACCGACCAACGGUCCAUCUGUUAUUGGAGCUGUGUGGCUCACGUCUUUCUGGUGGUCCUGUUUGCCAGAUCCUUCCGGGAGCAGCGGGAGCAGAUAUUCCUCCUCAAGUCCAUGUCCUACGACCGCUACGCCGCUAUCUGCCUCCCCCUGCGCAACGGGGUCAUCAUGGAAGGAGGGGCCUCGGGGACGUUCUCCUCAAGCUUCUGCAGACUCCACGAGGUCCAGCAGUUCUUCUGUGAUGCCCGCUUCCUCUUAAAGUGUUCUUGCUCUGGGUCACACGUCGUCAUCGAUACCAAUGUCGCCGUUGUCCUGGACCUGCUGGUAUCCAUGUCCUACUCCCCCAUUCUGAACCCCCUCAUCUACAGCCUGAGGAAUCUGGACAUGAAGGCCUCCCUGGGGAGGCACCCGGGUCUUUGUCAGCAGCCGCGCACGGGGAUGUUUGGAGCGAUGUACAGAGUCGGGACGGUCUCCUUGGGUUUCUGCGGACUCCACGAGGUCUAA